GCAACGAAACGACAAAAUGUCAGACACCCGUGAGUAGAGAAGACGUCGUCGGAUUCUUCUGUGUCGACGAAAAAAUAAAAUUCAAAAGAAUUUAUUAAAUAAAACAAUAAAUAAUUAAAAAGAAAUUAUUAAAAUUAAACCAUAAAAGUGAAUUCAAACAAAACACAUCAAUUUUGUGAAUUUUUCAGUGAAAAACAUAAAAAUAUCCGACUCAAGCAAAAGAAAAAGAAGAAAAAGCUUCUAUAGGUGUGUGCCUGUGUGUGUUGAGUUUGUACGCAAAUUAAAGAAGAAAAAGAAAAAGUGCUCCAUCGGACGUCGCCGGGGGAUUUAUCCGUAUUUCUCAUCUCUCGUUUUACAAGUGCAUUGCAUUUUCCUUGCCUCUUCUUGUUCUCAUGUUCAUAUUAUACUCUACUCAUCAUCAUCAUAGUUGAAGUCGGCUGCUGCUCAGCUCGGGACUCGACUCGUUGUCGUCUGCUUCUACCCCCCUCGUUCGUUUAUUGUUGCUCUUUACUUCUGAAGGCUGAGGCUGGUGGAUCUGAAUUUGAUUCGGAUUUUGAUUCUAAAUCUGGCUCCUGCUCCAGGGAGUGGAUUUCUCAAGGGCUUUGAUUACGCGUACGUCGUCAAUUUUGUCGAAAGUCCACAGGAACGGAAACGAAACUUUUAUCGAAUAAAAGAAAAAUAAGAUUUUCUCCAUAUUCCCGAUUUAUUUUUCUUUUCUUCUCUCGUCACUCGGCUCGAGCAUCGAGCUCGCACCACAAAACGCAAUCGAUUCCAAUAAGGAAUUCCAUAUAUUCGUUCUUAUGUACAUAUAUGCAACAACAACAACAAUUUAAGUGUACGGACGGGCAAUUGCUGCGUGUAUGUGUCUCUAUCGGUAUAUCGCUCUCGGUGUCGUUGUCGGUGUGUAUAUGUGUAAAGCGCAGCAGGGAAAAAUAAGAAAAUUCUUUUCAAGUCUUGUUUAGAAAACAAUCUUUUUAUUUUGCACAAAAACCGCUUGAAAAAGUUUAUUUUAUUGUUUGAUAAGAAAAAAGAAACAAAAGCAACUAAGAAAAUGUGUUUGCAAUUAUUGUUAUCGAGCGGCGUUCAUCUUCAUCUCCAUCAACUUCUACUUCGUAGUGUAAUCGGUGUUUCGCUUUCGUGUUCCUUAUUGGAUCUGGAUCCUCGUUCUCGUUGUGCCCCCUUAUCGUCGUUGUUUUUGUCUUCAUCUUCUUCGUGGAGUGUGGUGAAAUUGUAAAAAUUUUCCUCCCAAAUAGGAAAAGGGAAAAACCGACUUUUCCAUUUCCACAGUAAAAACAAAAAGAAAAAUCAUCAAGUUUUGGGGUAGGAAAUAGAAAUCGAAAUCGUAAUCGAAAAGAAAGGACAAUCGGCGGCGGGAGGACACUCAUUGGAGUUGUGCUUCUGAGUUGUUGGUGUUUGUUUUUUUUGUGUGCGACAAACGACUACGUGGGAGGACAAGACAAGAGGGAAAUAAUUGGCCAGAGCCAUUAAUACCAUCGACUACCGAUACCGAUACCGACCAUCAACAUGGGGGCACAACAGGCCAAGGAUCGGUCGUCUGGAAGCCAAGGAACUGUCAGUUGUAUUGGGAUUAGUAGCAGUGUUGGCAUAAGUAGUAGUUCCUCGAGCAUAAGUGGUGUGGGUGGGGGUGGUGGCUCAGGCUCAGGUGCCUUGGGUGCAGGAUCAACCCUUCGAGCGAGUCGCAUGAAGUCGCGUUCAUCCUCGUCCUCAGCCGCCGCAGCAGCGCCCACCGCUUCAACAAAGGAUAAUCGUAGUGCAAUUGGAUUGAAUAUCUUCAGUGAACACAAUGGUCCGAUGAUCAGGAGUACACAACGUGAUACGGGAAAAUAUCAAAUGCAUUUAGAAGCCCUCCUGCAGUCACGUCCAUUGCCACACAUACCGCCCGGAUCAAGUCUACUGGAAGCUGAAUUAAUUGCCCAGAGUCAGGAUGGCUCGUUGCAUAAUGCACAAAGUCACAGUCAGGGCCCAAGUUCGACGACCUCAGGCUUUGAAUCGGCCCACCGAUGGACAUCGAAAGAAAAUCUACUAGCACCCGGCCCAGAGGAGGAUGAUCCGCAGCUAUUUGUUGCACUCUAUGAUUUCCAAGCUGGUGGAGAGAAUCAACUUAGUCUGAAGAAGGGCGAACAAGUCCGAAUAUUGUCAUACAAUAAGUCAGGUGAAUGGUGUGAAGCCCACUCAGAUUCGGGGAAUGUCGGUUGGGUGCCAUCGAACUAUGUGACACCAUUGAAUUCGCUUGAAAAGCAUUCAUGGUAUCACGGACCAAUAUCCAGAAAUGCGGCCGAAUAUUUAUUAAGUUCGGGAAUAAAUGGAAGUUUUUUGGUGCGUGAGAGUGAAAGCUCACCAGGUCAGAGGAGUAUAAGUUUAAGAUAUGAAGGUCGAGUGUAUCACUAUCGCAUUUCGGAAGACUCUGAUGGCAAAGUAUACGUAACGGCUGAGGCUAAGUUUAAUACUUUGGCCGAAUUGGUGCACCAUCAUAGCGUGCCACACGAAGGCCAUGGACUGAUAACACCAUUAUUGUAUCCUGCACCAAAGCAAAAUAAACCUACAGUGUUUCCAUUGAGCCCCGAACCGGAUGAAUGGGAGAUUUGUCGUACGGAUAUUGUGAUGAAACAUAAAUUGGGUGGAGGGCAAUAUGGAGAAGUGUACGAAGCUAUUUGGAAGCGAUAUGGCAAUACAGUGGCUGUUAAAACACUCAAAGAGGACACAAUGGCACUGAAAGACUUCCUGGAAGAAGCUGCCAUAAUGAAAGAGAUGAAACAUCCAAAUCUAGUGCAACUUAUAGGUGUAUGUACAAGAGAACCUCCAUUUUAUAUCAUAACAGAAUUCAUGAGCCAUGGCAACUUGUUGGACUUUCUACGAUCCGCCGGCCGUGAAACACUAGACGCAGUAGCUCUUCUCUAUAUGGCAACACAAAUUGCCUCGGGAAUGAGCUAUUUAGAAUCACGAAACUACAUCCAUCGGGAUUUGGCGGCACGUAAUUGUCUUGUUGGAGAUAAUAAGCUAGUUAAAGUGGCCGAUUUUGGUUUGGCCCGAUUGAUGCGUGAUGACACUUAUACAGCACAUGCGGGAGCUAAAUUUCCCAUUAAAUGGACAGCACCGGAAGGCUUGGCCUAUAAUAAAUUUAGUACGAAGUCUGAUGUGUGGGCUUUUGGUGUGCUUCUUUGGGAAAUAGCCACAUAUGGAAUGUCUCCUUAUCCUGGAAUCGAUUUAACCGAUGUAUUUCAUAAGCUAGAAAAAGGCUAUCGCAUGGAACGACCACCGGGAUGUCCGCCCGAGGUGUACGACCUAAUGAGACAAUGCUGGCAAUGGAAUGCACAAGAUCGACCCACUUUCAAGAGUAUCCAUCAUGCUCUGGAACAUAUGUUUCAGGAAUCAUCGAUUACGGAAGCAGUUGAGAAACAAUUAAAUGCUUCACAAACCCUCACCCCACAAAUGGGAAAAAAGCCGCAGAUGGGGGGCGGUGGUGGUGGCGGAGGUAGUGGAGGUCACCAUGAUCAACAAGCUAGCACACCGCUAUCAGAAACGGGCUCCACCUCCACCAAACUGAGUACAUUCUCCAGCCAAGGCAAGGGUAAUGUACAAAUGCGACGAACCACCAAUAAGCAGGGAAAACAAGCUCCCGCUCCACCAAAGAGAACGAGCCUGCUGUCUACCAGCCGGGAUUCAACAUACCGUGAUGACGAUGGGAAAAAUUUCGUUGAAGAACUGAAUACGAAUGGUAGUUUAACCCGGGACAUAACCAGCUUGGCUAAUCGUUGUGAUUCGGAAAACGAUAAUCCGGAUGCUGACACCGAUGGCGACAGCAUGGAUUAUAAUAACAAAAUUCAACAUUCCCUAGGGCAUCAUCAGAAACCCGUUCAGCAUAGCUCGUUUAAACGACCAACACCAGUUAUGGGUAAUCGUGGUUUAGAGACACGCAACAGCAAGCGAUCCCAACAACAUCCGAUUCAUGCCAAACAUUCAAUGGAUCAUACUCAGCAUCAUAGUUUGGCUGGCGUGAUAACGCCACCAUCAAGUCAUCAAAUAACUGUGGGUGCUUUGGAGGUUAUGAAUGUAAAGCGAGUAGUGAAUAGAUAUGGAACAUUGCCUAAAGUCGCCCGGAUCGGUGCUUUUCUUGAUAGUUUGGAAGAUUCUGGCGGUGUUGUUGUUCAGCAGUUAAAUCAUAACACUGUGGUUUCAGAUGUUCCGCCCCCACCACCCCCCGCCAUAGGAACAAAUGGUGUAAUGGCUCGCAGCAAUAAUCUAACCAGCAGUGUGGCCACCUUCAAAGGAGGUCAACCCCAGAUGAUUCGAAGUAAUUCUUCAAGUGGUGUUACAAUGGCCAACAAUGCAUCGGCAAGUCUCAAUAAGCUACAACGUCAUCGCACUGCAACUGACGGCUCCAUGAUGACAUUCUCCUCAUUCCGUGGUUCUAGCAAUAGUCCAAAACGAGCUCAGCAAUCAGGCCUAGCCAAUUUAGACUUCCCACCACCUCCGCCAAUAGAUCUGCCCCCACCACCCGAAGAAUUCGAAUCGCCACCACCACCGCCACCCAUAAUUCCCAUUCCUCCACCAGCGCCAAUCAAUAACAACGACGUUUCGAAUACCGCUCCGAGUGUCGAAGAAGCUAGCUCGAGAUUUGGAGUUAGCUUGCGCAAACGUGAACCAUCUACGGACUCGUGCAGCUCUCUUGGCAGCCCCCCAGAGAACCAUCACCAACAGGAUAGCAGCAUGAAGGAAAAACUCGAAAUGAAACUGAUGGCCGAAAUCAAAGAACGAACUAAUCCAGCAAAAAUGCAAAACAACCACAACCACCACCACGAUGGUCGAGAAAAUGGUGGACAACAAGUAGAUCCAGUGUCACAAUUAGUCACUGAACUGGCUGAAAGCAUGAAUCUUCCCAAAGUGGAUAAGAAGCAGCCAGCAGCACCAAAGUCGGCGUCGCAUCCCCCAGUGACAAAUCAAAGUGAAUCGUCCAACACAAACACAUUCAAAGCUCAACUUAAGCGCGUAGAGCCGAAAAAACUGCAAACCCCACCACAGAACGAUUCAAAUACAAUCAUUGACUUCAAAUCACGCCUCCGUAAGGUCGACAACAACAACAGCAAUGGCAACGAUGCCAAAGAAAAUCAAUCACAUCAACAGAAUUCCCUAAAAGACGACAGUACUAACUCGGACGAUAGUACGACCAAAAACUAUAAUAAUUCCUUUAGAAAAGACAAUUCGGAUCGACAUUGUUCCGAUAACAAUCCGAAUGAGCUACACACCAAGCCAAAAUCUAAAUCACAGAUCGAACUGAAAAAGACUGAAAUAAAAAUCGAAGUUUCCGUGCUUCAUAGUUGCGGAGACCAAGACAACAAUAAAAAGGACAGCAAUCACUCGUUGAAGUCUUCAACUACUGCUGCUACAGACUCGGGAGACUCUUCGGAAGAUGGUAAGCGCCGCAGCACUGGCAGUAUUAGUAGUCUGAAAAAGCUGUGGGAGCCCAAAGAAUGCACUCCAACUGAGGGUCAGACACAGCUCUCGCCAAAGUUGGCAAUGAAGAAUCAUUCCAAUAACGAGAACAGUGAAAUUAUAACAACCGGGACAACACCUACUCCACCAGACUCUACAACCGACCAGCACCAGUUGCUGAACAAAAGUAAGCCCGCAGUUCCACUAAAACCUACCAAACUAACAAUCUACGCCACACCCAUUGGCCAGAAGAUCAACACCGACGGCAACACCAACUCAAAUUCUACAACUCCUCUCAGCAAUAACACAUCUUCGACACAAAUCAAUCGUGAAAGUAUACUAGAGCUGGUAAGUCUGCUCGAGGGAAGUCUUAAACUACCAGUUAACUCGAUUUCAGCUUCACAAUGGCUUCAACUUAGUGACAAGCUGAACAUCCUUCAAAAUUAUUGUGUAGUGUUUGCUGACAAUGAAACAAUGCCACCGCAUUCAAAAUUUCAUUUUAGAGAACUGGUGACCAGAGUGGAGGCCCAAUCGAGGAGUCUACGUUCGGCGGGCAGUAAGAAUGUCCAGGAUAAUGAAAAAUUAGUGGUCGAUGUGGGACAAUCUCUCAAGCAGAUAUCAAAUGCAUUGCACAGACCCAUGAGUCUAGUCAGUAAGCGAAAAAAGCAUUUGCUUGUAUUUAUUUGUUUUCCCAUGUCCCACAAUAAAGUAAUAAAUUUUGUUUUUUUUUUUAUGUAACAUUUAAACAUUGUGGCAUACGAAAUUAAUAACGGAAAAUUAAAAUUAAAAGAGAAAAGAAAUAAAAACAAAUCAGCGAAGGUGUUUUGCUCCUUCAAAAAAAAAAAAUAAAAAUAAUAAUAAUAAUUAAUUAAAUACUGAAAACAUCAACAUUACUAAUUUUGUUCCAUAGUUUUGUCUGUGAUAUGUUGGAACAUUUUUUUUAGUUUUUUUAUUUUAAAUUACAAAUUUUGAUUGUAUGAAUAUUUAAAUAUGCACUAUUAUUUAAGUUUAAUUUGCUCAUUUAGAUAAUUAUGUUCUUUUAUCUAGGAUUUCUUUUUCUUCUGUGUAUUUUAAUUGAAACAAAAUGAUAUAAUAGACACUGCCAUUAUUUCGAAAAAUGAUAAUUUAUUCGUAAAUUUACCUAAAUUGUAUUCAACAAUUAACCUUUAAAAGAAUAUGUGAAAUGUUCAUUGUGCUGGAGGAGUCGAAGUCUUUGAUUGGCAAGUUAACUAGAUUACCAUUCAGUUGAGAAGUCGGAUUUGAAUAUUGGAAAGAGCUUAUAACAGAAUUAACAAAUUGGUGUUGUUUUUGGAUGAUCGUCGCGCAAGAUAAUCUGAAUACAGUUUUACGAAGAAUUUUUCUAAACUUCUAAGGAAGGGUUAGCAGUUUUUAAUGUGACUUAAAACUGUGAAAUUUAAGGACGAGUGUCAUUUGGUGAACAUAAUUCUUUUAUAUUCAUUUUCAAAUCAGAAGAAUUUUUUAAAGGCUAUAGCUAAAGUGCGUGUCUCGAAUACAAAUCUAGUCCAUCUUAAAUAUCUGUUUGGACAAAUGUUCCAAGACGCUUUUACAAUCAAUCUUAUCACGAAAAUAGGCAAAUACUUUUAAGAAUCUCGAACAAAACCAUCAACAAACAAAUAUGUUCAUAUUAGAAAAUAUUAUACAAUUUUGCAUUGGGAAUUGAUUAAGUGAUAGUGGAUUUGUAAAAAGUUUCCGACUACGAUGUUAUUGGUAAUAGAGCUGCAUAAUUGCUGUCUUCAAAUUAUUUUUCCUUAAGCAAGAGUGUCUCCAUUCUUAUCCUAAUGGUUCCCACAAUUUAUUGAACGUAAUUAAGAUCUUAAAAAAAAAUGUUAAAGUCUCGGGUAAAGCCGAAUUUCGUAAACGCUUUUUUGAUAUUGCUCUUAGCUCAUAUGGUAAGAUAUUUUAUAUCGAUGAAUCUAACCAAAUAACAGACCUCUAUAAAUGAGAAGAAAGCUCAUAAACUUGGAACCAAAAAUACUCGUUGUCUGAGCGGCUUAACACCAAAACCACAUUUUAAUUUAGAUUGCUUUAUUGACAUUGGGCAACAUAAGGUACUUCAUUUGCAGUCAACUUCAUUCUUUGAACGUAAAUUUGACCAAGGCAACUAGUUACUUUUCCAAGUGUCAUGAAGUUCAAAUUCAAAACUUUACUUCAAAAACCUCUACUUUAAGUUCAUAGUACAAAAACUACCAAACACAUUAUUGUCUACAAAACUCUGCUCAGACAAGCUACAAGUCAAUUACGAUUUGUCUUUUGUAUUGUAAAGAAAUAUUACUUAUUUCUUUUUUAAAUUGACAAGUAACCCUUUUACAUAAAACAUUAAAUGGAAUUGUUCAGAAAAUAAAUAAAAUAUAGAGUAGUAAAGCUUAGCUUUCACUUAAAUGAAAAAAUAGUUGUCAUUUUGACAUAAGUUGACUUGACUUCGUAGUUAGGGAGAUUUUUUUUGAAUAACUUUCCAGAAAACUUUCCCAUAAAGUAGCCUUAAUUGGAAGGCUUUUUUGGCAGCUGGCCAAUCAGGUACUAGAAACUUGCCUUAGUUUCAGGUCCCUUAUGUCGCCUGAACCUGCCCAUUGUUUACACAGGCUUUUCAUAGUUUCGUAAAUGUCGAUUGUUCAAAGCUCUUACAAUUCUUCUUAUUAUUCAACGUUGAUUAAAUAAAUUGAAUACUCUUAAGAUGUUAAACAGUUUUAAUUGCAGAUCGCGAUUGUUUAAGAAUUUCGUCCAACUCUUUUUCUGCAUGUAAAGCUCUUCAUACACAACUUAUAUUACUCUACGUUUUUUCAUGAACUAUUUGGAAAUUUCUUUUUAUAUUAUUGAUAUUAAAAAAUGGAUCUCAGCGGUUAAGAAUUAUCAACCAAUAACCACUUCUUAUGUAUUCUUUUGUUGUUAAAUGAAUAUUGGAAUAUAUUUUCUCCAAGCUAAUCAAACACACCAUCAACUGAAUGACUUCCAAACAAGAACUUUUAUAUUAUCUCCUUAUUUAAUAUACACUUUGUUGCAUUUCCUUUUUUGUAAUUUAAUUUGUUUGUAAUAAUUUAGAACUAUGAAAUGCAAAGUUCCAGUAAAUCAAAAUGGUAAUAACUACAAAAAAAUAUAAUUAUGUUAAUAUUAUUUUAUUUUGAGCAUAUCAUUAAAAUCAAAAAUUUACAUAAAUUUAUCCUACAAUAUACCAAUACAAAGCAAACUUAUUCACAGAAACACAAGGAAACUUUGUACGUAUGUUUAUCUAAAUGUAACAAGACCGUAAAAAUGAGUUAAACUAAACACUUAUAUGUAUAGUUUGAUCUUGCAAUAUUAUACUACAAUUUAAAAAUUGAUUUUAUUGAAAAAAAAAGAAAGCUAUUUGUUUUAAUUUACACAAACAAACAAAAAUUAUGUUUUAGUAACAUUGAAUAUGUUUUAUGUGCAUUUUGCAUGAAAGUACAUAAUUAUAUUAUAAUCAUUGCUUGAAAAACUCUUCUAUUACGAAUAAAUUUUAUGAUUAGUUUUUAAAAUCAAAAUAUUAUAAAACAACACUUUAAACAACAACAAAUCGAAGUAAAAUUAAAAUAUAAAUAAACAAAAUGCUAGUCGUACUCGUAAAAUAAACAACAAAACAUAUAAAUAUAUAUAAAAUGUAGUUGAUCAAAAAUUAUGCAUAUGUAUAAAACUUUAAAAAAAAUAUAUAUCGGUAUUUUCUCAAAUAUUUCCAACUGUUUUAAUUUUCUGUUUAAAUUUAAUGAAAAGAAAAAACUUAAAUCAAAUGUUUUGUUUUUCUUCUUCUAACUUAUAAUUGAUAUGAAAGUUAGAAAUAAUAAUCAAAAUAUUUCGCAUUUUUAUUUUUAAAGAAACAACAACAAAAAAAUACUAAAUAAGCAAAUAAAUUAUUCAUUACCCAAAGAUAUUUAUGCAAAAUGAAAUUGAUUUUUCGUUUUAAUUUUAUUAUUUUAAGCUAAUUAUUAAGUAUUAUAUUUAAAAAUCAAUUUAAAUUUAAACAAAAAAUUAAAAAAAAAAAACA